AUUGAAACGCGAAGAGAGUUGCGCGGUAAGGCUCGAAAUCCUUUGACAUUUCGGACGACUUCCAAGUUCGUUGAGUUCUCUUGAUUGAGAUUGAGUCUCUGUUAACUGUUGCUGGUACAUGUAAACCGCACUUCUGAUCACCACCCAGACCCAGUCAUCUCUUUAGCAAUACCGAGUGAUCACCCACGACGACAAGGAUCGAUUGCGUAUCGCGACGACGUGGCGAGUAUGAUGCAAAACGUGCAGUCGCAUCGGCGGUGUUGUGCAACGUAAGAGAGAGAGAGAGAGAGAGAGAGAGAGAGAGAGAGAGAGGGAGAGAGAGCACAAAGAGGAAUAAUAGAGAAGAAAGCAAGGAAAGAGAGGGAGAGAGUGAGAACGAACGAGCGUGAGGCAGCAGCACGGCGCGUUUGUAACAAGUAUGGCGGUAAUCCUAUCAGCUGAUAGCGUCCGUCGCUGGGAUGACGGGUCGCAUUUUGGUUAAUCGGGUUAGAUCGUCCCCUCUCCUCGUGCUCGACGCCGAUGACCAUAGCUGUGUGUAUCGCUGGCAGUUGCGUUACUACGUAAUCACGUACGUACGAUAUCGUAUGACGCGUAGACGACUAUGCUAACGCACUCGUCGCGCGCUGGCACGUACACGGGAUUACCUCCGAGGUGCAUCGCGCGUCGCUGACAGACGGACGACAAUUGUGCGGGCGGGAAUGUCGCACCGUAGGUAGGGUUUCUUUCACCGGGUCGCAAGUACGCGUAAAUAUAUAUAUACACACACACGUUUUCCCUCUCCCUUCCCUUUUCCGCCGAAGUUCCUCGAUCUCUAGUGGCUAACAGGAAGAUAACAAACGGAAGAGUGUCCGCUUAAUCGGAGCGGCGUGGAAUCCGGGCGAAGCGAUCUGUGAUGAGCGACUCCGAACAGCGGCAGCUGCACGUGCCUUACCGAGAGUACCACAGCCAGAACAACACCAGCCCUGCCGCUCUGGUGGAGACCGAUGCGCUGGUGGACCUGUCUAUCGCGCCCAGCAGCCGCCUGUCGCAGAGCGACCAUCAGUCGCCGCCAGUCGCGACCGCUACCGACCUCCUGCCCGACGUCGAGUUCAUUCCGGGUUUGAGCAACGACCAAACCUUAGCCAUAGAUUCCUCCGGGAUCGACCGGGAGAGCCAGCCUCUCCUCGGUCGCUUGGAGCUCGACGUUACGUUCAACAGAUUCUCAGAUGAUCCACAGUUCUCAGAGCUGGUAUGGCAGGCGGAAUGUGCGAUAGAUAAUGGAGUUUAUCCGGAGAGGAUAUACCAGGGCUCUAGUGGAAGUUACUUUGUAAAAAAUCCAGCAGCGAAAGUAAUAGGUGUAUUCAAACCGAAAGACGAAGAACCUUACGGCAGGCUAAACCCGAAAUGGACAAAAUGGAUGCACAAGCUCUGCUGUCCUUGCUGCUUCGGCAGGAGCUGCCUGAUCCCGAAUCAGGGUUACCUGAGCGAAGCGGGCGCCAGCCUGGUCGAUCGCAAGCUUGGCCUCGGCAUCGUGCCAAACACUAGAGUGGUGAAGCUGGUCAGCGAGGUGUUCAAUUACCCGCGCUUGGAUCGUCAGAAGGCACGCAUGAAGCAGGCAAUCAUGGACCAGUUCCCUACGGUAGGCUCGCACUUCAACCGCAUCGGUCUGCCGCCCAAAGUCGGGUCUUUCCAAGUCUUUGUGGACGGCUACAAAGACGCCGACUAUUGGCUGAGGAGGUGGGAAAACGAAUCUCUGCCGGCGCGGCUCAGUCGGGAGUUUCAGCUGCAGUUCGAACGGUUAGUCAUCCUCGACUACAUCAUCAGGAACACGGAUAGAGGUAACGACAAUUGGUUGAUCAAGUACGACACUAAUAUCGGCAAGAAUGGAACCGACCAGGGAGAAGUGAAAAUUGCCGCGAUAGACAACGGCUUGGCUUUCCCCUUCAAGCAUCCGGACUCUUGGCGGGCGUAUCCUUAUCAUUGGGCUUGGUUGACUCAGGCAAAACAACCGUUCAGCGAGGUCACGAGAGAGCUAGUUCUGCCGCAACUCUCGGAUCAGAAUUUUGUACAGGAUCUCUGUGAUGACUUAUACCAAUUGUUCAAACAAGAUAAGGGCUUCGACCGGCAUCAUUUUGACAGGCAAAUGAGUGUGAUGCGCGGACAGAUUUUGAACCUGCAGCAAGCCUUGAAAGACGCCAAGAGCCCUGUACAAUUGGUGCAAAUGCCGGCUGUUAUUGUGGAAAAAUACGUGCAGCCGCCACGUGUGAAGUCUUUCGCGCCGGAACGAUUAUAUAGGAGCCCGUCGAAACAACUCGAGACCAGCACGACGUAUCAUUUGUCUUAUCUAAAUGUGGACUCGGCAGCGGCACGUUAUGCCCGACCACAACCGAUUCGGCCAGCUCGUACUCUUGACAAAACCACCGGCCGAUUUCACGGUGAUACGACGAACAAUUUGUCUUAUAGGCCCGUGUGGCAAGUUGUCAAGCGGCAGCCGAUCCUACCGAGAAGUAGACCGAUGACUGGUCUAGGUACGAUGGAAAAUGUUACAACGAUCCGUCGCGAUUACGUGGCGAAGCACGUCGAAAGGCCGGAAGCUAUUGUACCCCGCGGCAACAUUCGCACGAGUUCGGCCCCGCUGGGGAAUAGGACGAUGGCGAGGAUGUCCUAUGUUCCUCCGGGACUCACGGAGCCUAGAAUCAGUUUCAAACCGAAACUGAGGUAUCACCCGCCGAGCCAGCCUCUUCCCAACGAAACUACACAGAAACUGAGUUAUCAGCCCUUCGUCGUCGAUAAAAGAGAGUCGUAUCCUUGGGCGAGCAAACCUAAAUACAAGCGACCGAUCACCGCGAUGUGCGAAAAAACCACUUAUUCGGAGAGCUACAUGGAGAACGACACAAUACAGGCGGUGAAACCGAUUGUGCCUGCCAGGACGUACAUAUUCCCCUACGGCGCAGAAUUCGCGAGCAAAACCGUUUACAAGGAGAGUUACCUGCCGGGCGAGGGGCAACGCAUGGAACCAAUCGUUCCCGUUGGCAGUAUUUUCAUACCCGACGUGAAAAUGUUCACCGACACUACCACUAAGCUGAGUUACCAACGAGUCUGGACCGAGAAGCGGAAGCCGUUCUUGCCGCGCUGCAAGAGCGCACUGGGAGUCGGCGCGAUGCAAUCCGAGACGACGACACGUGGCGAAUACGUGGCGAAAACGGCAUCCCGGCCGGAUCCCUUCGUCCCGAGUGACAAUAUCCGCACGGCUGGCGUGCCGUUGCAGGGCGAUACAACCACCGCGUUGUCUUACGUAAAGCCCGGCGCGAUCAAGUCCGUUCACAGUUACAAACCCAUCAGGCAGUAUCGUAGGCCGGAUGUUAAGUUCGACGCCGAGACGAUAAAUAAAUUAUCUUAUCAAACGUGGGCGCCACAGUCUAAGGAGGAGAUUCCAUGGAUACGAAAGACCAAAUAUCAGCCUCCUACUCAUCCGAUGAUCAGCGACACGAUUUAUCACAUGAGUUAUCCGCCACCGGGCUUCUACGUCGAGGACGACGAAGUGUGCGCCUGUCCAAACGAUGAGGAAGAUAACGUUUCAUGUACUGCGACAAAAGCGACGCUUUAAAUACAUUUACAACUGAACUUCUAGAUCAAACACUGGCUAUAGCACGAGAGUCAAUCACGAUUGCUGACAAUGCAUGUGGCCUUUUAAGCCACAAUAUAAGUGGCCGAUAUUUCGCUUUUCCAACGAGAACUUUGUUAUGAAUAAAGUGAUUUUAGUGACAAACAAAUCUCC